GGCUUCAACCAAACACAGAUCAAGUUUCGAUCUAUUUCUGCGUGUUUUUUUCUUACCCUUUCUUUCCUGAACCCUAGCCAGCCUACUCAUCCAUCUGCAUCAAUUUCAACUUGGAGCUUUUCUUAUUCAUCCUUGGGUUUGUGUUUGGGUUUGGAAUUCCAAUUCUGAUUCUGAUUUCGUCUUUGGUGGGCUGCAAUUGCUGGAUCCACCUUCUCCACUGCACUACACAUGUGUGCUUAACUCUUCACUUUAGCUGCAAGUUCAAUCCUGCAUUCUAUUUCUAUGGCUUCAAAUCACGUAUCAGCUGCUGCAGCCCCGCCGCCACCCAAACGAAGUCGUCUUCCUACCCCUACCCGUGGCAAAGCAGACCAGGUCCGAGAAAUUCGGGUGUGUACUAACCGCACGUGCCGCCGGCAAGGAUCCUUUCAAACCCUGGAAACCCUCUCCAGCCUCGCUCCUCCAAACGUCGCCGUAAGGCCUUGCGGCUGCUUGGGCCGGUGUGGCAGUGGCCCCAACCUGGUACUCCUGCCGGAUGGCUUCAUCGUGGGCCAUUGCGGGACCGCAGCUCGGUCAGCAGAGAUUAUGGCAAGUCUGUUUGCUGGAGGAGAUAACUAUGGCCAAGACCCCACGAAGAAUAGUUUGGAUGCCCUUGCUUUGAGGAAGAGAGCAGAUAUUGAGUUUGAGAAGCGAAAUUUCGUUGAGGCUGAGCUUCUCCUCUCACAGGCUAUAGAUUUAAAGUCAUUUGGUGGCAUGCAUGUCACAUUUAAAUGCAGGUCAUUGGUAAGGCUGGAAUUGGGAAACUACUCUGGUGCCCUCAAUGAUGCUACAGAGGCUCUGGCAUUAGCUCCCCGGUAUUCUGAGGCUUAUAUCUGCGUAGGUAAUGCCUUUUUGGCAUUGGACAAAUUUGAUUUGGCAGAACAGUCAUAUUUAGCAGCUUUAGAUAUAGAUCCUUCGAUCCGUCAUUCUAAAUCGUUCAAGGUUCGAAUAGCAAUGCUUAAGGAGAAACUUGCUGCUGCUAAUAGGACAUAAAUGUGCCUUGUGAAUGAAAGUCCCCUUAAUUCAAUUACAAUGAUGUCAGGACUGAGAAGGAAUAAAAAAAAAAAAAUUUCAAGGUAUGAAAAUGCCUUGUGCAUUGUAUUUAAGGAGAUUCAAGUGAAGUUUAUCCAAUAAAAAUAAUUAUUAUUA